CAGGCGGAUAGGCGGCAUCGGGAUGGAGAAAAAGAAAAUACUGAUGAAAUCCAAAGUUGCUUCUUCCAACCUCCUGAGUACCUUGCAUUCCCUGUAUCAGUUUGGCCACUUCUGUGAUGUAACAGUCCACACGGUGCAUCUCGGCAUCCAGGAAGAGUUUCCCGUUCACAGGGCGGUCCUGGCUGCCUCAAGCAACUACUUCAAGGGGCUCUUUCUCAGAGAUGAGAUGGCGGACGUUAAAAGGCAGACCGUCGUUUUGGAUGAUAUCUACACAGAAGAGUUCACCUCCUUUUUGGAAUUUGUCUACACCGCCAAGAUGGAGAUUGAGCCCGAGAAACUGCAGCGGAUGCGGGAGGUGGCCGAGAGACUGGAAUGCAAGGAUCUUCUUGACAUUUGUGAGGAGGUGAAGGCAGAAGGUGAAAUGGGAGGCCUGGAUCUAAGUGUGCACUGGAAAACUAAGGUGUGUGAAAAUGAGGCACCCUGGGCCCAUCACCCCCAGGCCGAGCUGGCCUUGGGGAGCGGUUCUUCCCCUGUCGUCGUGACGCCUGUGAAGAGGCAGCUGUGGGAGGGGCGGAAAUGUGGGCCGGUGUUAGUCAGCGGUAAGCCCCCCGAGGGCCAGGCAGGGGGAGGCCAGGCAGGGGGCCCCGACCAAGCCGACCCAGUCGGCAUGGACAGGAAGACGGGGAGGACCCGGGGAGUUCAAACCGGACCAGCCUGGAGCGACUCUCCGCGGGCCACCAGCUCGCUGGAGAAGAGGGGUCCCCUCCCGCAGCUCUGCCCCGAGGCAGACCCUGGAGAUACCCGGUUAGUCAUCAGAAAGGUGCAGUUGGGCCCAGAGGGUGGCAAGACCCCGGGCGAGGGCGGCAAGACCCCAGGCGAGGCCGGUGGCCCUGGCCCCCUGCCCGGCCCCCACCCAGCCCCAUCAGAGGCCUAUGCCUGUGAAAAGUGCAACCGGUCCUUUCAUUUCAUGAAGUCGUACCAGGCCCACAUGGAGGCAGAGCAUGGGAUCCACGUGGUCGUCAAGUACAGCUGCAACCUGUGCCUCCAGCUCUUCUCCAACCGGCAGAACCUCCUGCAGCACCGGCUCACCGUCCACAGUGACCAGCGGCGCUUCCCUUGCGCCAUCUGUGGCAAGAGGUUCAAACGCCGGAAGGACAUCAGUGACCACAUCCGCAGGGUGCACGAAAAGAAAAGGACCCCGCAGGCCUGCCCCUAUUGCGACAAGCUCAUCAGCUCCAAGUGUGGCCUGACAGUCCAUAUCCGGACCCACACGGGUGAGAAGCCCUAUAAGUGUGGAUACUGCCCCGCCUGCUUUGCUCAGCGAUCUGCGUACAACACCCACGUGAGAAAAAUACAUGAAUCCGGACAAGACAGGAAACCUGUGCCAGUCUACUGGAUGGUGGUACCACCUCCAGGCAGAUCAGAGAGCACCGACUAUGAGAUUGCCGUCACCAAAGAAACGUGGGCUCAAACAUCAGACACCACGUCACAAACAAAGACAAGAGGCAAAGACAACUUGGACUACGAAAUGAAAGCCGGCCAUUCGUCCACUUCCAAAGUAGACUGUAGGCAUGAUGGAAAAGACCAAAAGGACGAAGAUGAUGAUGAUGAAACAGAAGCCAGUCAAGGAGAGGGAGACAAUGACGAAGACCAAGGAACGAGUGAGAAGGGUGAAGGGGAGGAAGACUACAACGUACAAUAUCCUGAAUCUGGGCUGGAGGACAGCCUGGAGAAAGAGGAGGUUUGCACGGAUGAUGACUCGUCAAAUGAUAAAGAGACAGUACUUGAGAUGGAAGAAGCAAAAAAGUCAACUUACGUGAUAACCUGUGAUAAAUGCAACCAGCAGUUCAUCUCCCGGAAAAAAUACGUGGAUCACUGCAAGGAUGUGCAUCAGUCUCUCCCCGGGAAAGUGUACCAGUGCGAGAUCUGCAGCAAAUCAUUCGCCAGCUACAACAGCUGGAAGGAACAUCGGGCCUGCGUACACACAGAAGAGAGGCAGUUUGCCUGCACCCUCUGUAAUGCCACUUUUAAGCGGAAGCGAGAUGUCAGGACGCACUACAUGCGGAAGCACGAGGGAAGAGUCAAACGGCCCCUCUGUUCUGUCUGCGGAAAGAUUUUGAGCUCUAGGACAGCACUGGUGUUUCAUAUGAGGACUCACACUGGAGAGAAACCUUAUGAGUGUGGGGUUUGUCACUCCAAAUUUGCCCAACCCUCCCAACUUAAGAUUCAUACCAGGUCUCAUACCGGAGAAAAGCCAUAUAUUUGUGAAGACUGUGGGGCCUGCUUUGCAGAUAAAGGCAAAUUAACAGGUCACAAGAGGACUCACACAGGAGAACGCCUCUUUAAAUGUGAUGUAUGUGGGAAGCAUUUUGCCACCAACGAAUAUCUAAAAUGCCACAAGCGGUGUCAUCUGGGAGCCAAGCCAUACAAGUGUGAUGUGUGUGGGAAGACAUUUGGACUGAGAGCCUCUUUAGCCCAACAUAGCAAUGUCCAUGCAGAGACUCGCCCCUAUUUCUGUGAGCAGUGUGGGAAGAAAUUCACUCAGCAAGGAGCCCUGAGACGGCACCAACGCAUUCACACAGGAGAAAAACCAUACAAGUGUCGGGCUUGUGAGCGAACCUUUACGGACAUGUCUACGCUGAGGAGACAUGUGUCGGUUCACGACCGGAAUGCACACUGGAGGAGUUUCUUGAUAGACCUCACUACCAAGAAAGACCAUAACUGGUCAAAAAUUGAAACCUUAACUGACGUGUGUACAAGCGAGGAACCCAUGCCCGAAAUCUGGUCAGUAGACCAAGGUAGACUUUAUAAGCCAGAAAAUGCAGUUGUCAAAACACCUGAAGCUAGGGCCCCUAACCAUGUUUGCCAUCCCCAUGACCCUCCUCUGGUUUUCUUGUAAUGCAAAAAUCCUGAAAAUAAAGUACAAUCUUUUGAUGAAAAAUGAAUUUACACAAUUUGAAAUCAAAGUUCCAUUCCAAAGCUUCAGUCAGGCAUCUGUUGGAAAUAGUAUCAUCCACAGAGAUGAGUUUUGGGGACAGAUUUUAGUCUCUGGUCCUCUUUACAGUUUGAAUUUAUUACAUUAACCAACAACAAUCCUUGUUUAUUAAACUAUAUGCACCAAUUCUAUAAACUACUGUCCUUAUGCUUCUACUAUGUUAAAUUUUAGGAAUGAAGAGCUCUGCUGGAUCAGUUACCCAAUACUAAUUUAUUUGUACGUAUUUUUUUGGCAACUGUAUCUAGAAACCUGAUAAAUCCAGA